UCGUCAUUUACGGCUCUUGUCCCACAUCUGUGGAAGUCGUUGAAGACAAAGAAGUUGCCAGCAUGGCGUUUACACUCUAUUCUCUCAUCCAGACUGCUAUUCUCUGCACUAAUGCCAUUGCAGUUUUGCACGAAGAAAGGUUCCUCAGCAAAAUUGGUUCGGGUGUUGACCAGGGGGUCACAGGCUUUGGAGAUGACCCUGGAAUCAAAUCCCAAGUCCUCAAUCUCAUCCGCUCAGUCCGAACAAUCAUGAGAGUGCCUCUUAUAAUUGUGAAUUCAGUCUCCAUCGUCCUGCUGUUGCUUUUUGGAUGAUGAUCAGUCAGCACGAGCAAGUUCCCAAGUCUGUCUCAAAGAGCAAGAACAAUGUCACUCUCUAACACUCACAUGCACAUGUGUGCACACGCCGUUGCGGUUAGGAUGGAAGCAGGGAGUUCACUUUAAAAUUUUCCUGUUAUUCCUUUUUUUUUUUCAAUAAUGUAAUUUAUUUGCAUGUCAUAUACCAACACUAAAGCUUCUGUGCAAGUUUGUUUCCAUGAUCAAAGCUCAGCUCUGGCCUUUCUGUGUGGAUUUUUCAUGUUCUCUCUGUCCCUGCAUGGGAUUUUUCCAAGUACUAUGGCUUCCUCCCACAUUCCAAAAACAUAUAAGAUUAAUCGACAACUCUAAUUUCUCCUUUGCUUUCUGCUCCAAUCAUACUUGCAGUUGAUAAGUUCCUCAACUUAUUUUUGGAGUCUUGCUAGUUCAGAUUGUACAGUAAAUCAUCACCAUCAUCCAGAAACGCGUACGAAGACUGGAAACUUGUCAUAAGCUGGACCAUCUCGGUAUUGUGAUGCCUUGUGUGUAUUCUAUUGUGCCAAACAUGUUGAAAAACAUUAGCAUUUUGACAUUAUCUUUUUGUCAAGAUUUUUUUUUUAUGUCCUCAUUGUAAAGCAUUUUAAUGUCAUAAUCCAAAUAUGAAAUGUUUUCUCGUCAUCUUGCCACCUCUCCAUUGUAAAUAUUGACAAUUUUCUCACUUGACGCAUUUACGCUUUUGCGCCACUUCUGUAAUAAUCUCCAUAUGCUGUGAACUAUCACAGUCUCCUGCCUUGUUGAUUCCAACAAAUAUUUUUAUUAAUAAUUUUUAAUCCUAUAAAAUGAGGUUUGGUAAAAUGCGGCUCUGCUGGAAUUGAAAGCAUAUGUUCAUCAAAGGGAUAUUCCCUCCGAAAGGCAGUUUAAUCUGUGAUUAGGCAGCAUUGAGCUUUGGUUUUCAAUAAUAUAUGUAAGCGAUCACAGGCUGUCUUUGGGUGCAUAUUUGUGCUUCAUACGUCAGAAUGUGGUAUUUAGUUUGUAUUAUUGAAAAACAAAUUCUAAAAGGUUGGUUGCUGGUGCCAAAAUGUAACACUGAUAAAACUUUUGGGAGUACAUUCCAUGGAUUUGCAAAAAGAAAGUUGAACAUUUUUUUGUUUUGUUUUUUAAUCUGUGGGUCUCAAGCCUACACAGUUUUAAAUGUAAUGCUGCAUUUCUGUGAAAUAACAUAUAAGUGAAGAAGGAAAAAAGUCGAUUUUCUCUUUUUACAUGUUAUUUUAUUCUCUUAAUGAACAGGCGAUAACAGCACAAUUCCAGAGUAAUUAAAAGCUGGUCGGCAAAUUUCCCCAAGAGCCUCACACAGUUGACCCUAAGUCGAUCUGCCCCGAACCUCCGAGAGCAUUCAGUUUAUAUUUGUUGUUAUAAAAACUAGAAAAACACUAGGAACACAUCAGUAAAGGGGCAGAGAAUAGAAACUCACUGCCCAUAUCUGUCAACAAUCUUGAACAAAAGACCUUGACCUUGUAAGGAAAACAGUACUCGUCUCCAUUAUUCACAAAGUAGACAAAACACAGUGCUAUGGGACAGUAAAUGAUUAUGUGUGAAGAUGUGAAAUAUACAGAUAUACACUCACCGGCCACUUUAUUAGGUACACCUGUCCAACUGCUCGUUAACACUUCAUUUCUAAUCAGCCAAUCACAUGGCGGCAACUCAGUGCAUUUAGGCAUGUAGACAUGGUUGAAGACAAUCUCCUGCAGUUCAAAUCGAGCAUCAGUAUGGGGAAUAAAGGUGAUUUGAGUGACUUUGAACGUGGUAUGGUUGUUGGUGCCAGAGGUGCUGGUCUGAGUAUUUCAGAAACCGCUAAUCUACUGGGAUUUUCACGCGCAACCAUCUCUAGGGUUUACAAAGAAUGGUCCGAAAAAGAAAAAAUAUCCAGUGAGCGGCAGUUCUGUGGGCGGAAAUGCCUUGUUGAUGCCACAAGUCAGAGGAGAAUGACCAGACUGGUUUGAGCUGAUAGAAAGGCAACAGUGACUCAAAAUAACCACCCGAUACAACCAAGGUAGGCAGAAGAGCAUCUCUGAAUGCACAGUACGUCGAACUUUUAGGCAGAUAGGCUACAGCAGCAGAGGACCCAUCGGGUGCCACUCCUUUCAGCUAAGAACAGGAAACUGAGACUACAAUAUGCACAAGCUCAUCGAAAUUGGACUAUAGAAGAUUGGAAAAACGUUGCCUGGUCUGAUGAGUCUCGAUUUCUGCUGCGACAUUCGGGUGGUAGGGUCAGAAUUUGGCGUCAACAACAUGAAAGCAUUGAUCCAUCCAGGCUUUUAUCAACGGUUGAGGCUGGUGGUGGUGGUGUAAUGGUGUGGGGAAUAUUUUCUCGGCACUCUUUGUGCCCCUUGGUACCAAUUGAGCAUCGUUGGAACGCCACAGCCUACCUGAGUAUUGUUGCUGACCAUGUCCAUCCCUUUAUGACCACAAUGUACCCAACUUCUGAUGGCUACUUUCAGCAGGAAUCAUCUCAGAGUGGUUUCUUUAACAUGACAAUGAGUUCACUGUACUCAAAUGGCCUCCACAGACACCAGAUCUCAAUCCAAUAGAGCAUCUUUGGGAUGUGGCGGAACGGGAGAUUCACAUCAUGGAUGUGCAGCCAACAAAUCUGCACCAACUGUGUGAUGCCAUCAUGUCAAUAUGGACCAAACUCUCUGAGGAAUGCUUCCAGCACCUUGUUGAAUCUAUGCCACGAAGAAUUGAGGCAGUUCUGAAGGCAAAAGGGGGUCCAACCCGUUACUAGCAUGAUGUACCUAAUAAAGUGGCCGCUGAGUGUAUAUUUAUGUGAGUAAAAGGAGAUAUAUAUAUAGAUAUAGUAGGUAUGUCUACACGAGCCACACAUGGUGGUGGUGUGGUGGCUAAUUUACACUUUUCAGGCCUGUUCGACUUGCUGUGAUUGAUGGAACCAUGAAUUAUGCUCUCACCAGAAAUCACUAAAGGAGAAUAUCCGGCCGUGUCCAAUCUGCAGCUGAUGAACUAUUUGGUUCUACAGCCGGACAAAAAAAAGUUGCUUGAUUGAAAAAAUCCUGCAAUGGAAAAAGAGUUGAAGUUAUCUCGCAGAGAUGUGACAUAUUGCCACUCAUAUUUUAUUAAAAAAAAAAAAAAAAAAAAAAACGCUUUCAUGGAUUUUAAAUGAGUCAUUUUCAAAGGGCUAUGAAAAACAAAUACAUGCACAAUAAUGUAAACAGUAGCCUAUAUAUUGAACAGUGUCCUCUAC